UAUAUAAUUUGCAAUAAAAAAAAAAUAAUAAUAAUAGAAGAGAAUUUUAACACACGUGCAUUGACGUACAUUGUAUUACUGAUCAGUCAUUGCUCAUGACCUGACAGUACAAAUUACUAAGCCCUUGUUUUAUUUAUUUAUUUUUUUUUUUGAAAAAAAGAACUGUAAUAAUUCAAGUGUCUUGUGAAUUGUGAUCAUUGUCAUCUUGAAUAAUUGUUAUAGGUAUAUUUAAAAAAAAUUGUUUAAUUAAUCUGCUAUUGACAAAUCAUAUUAGCCGAGUGUGAAAGAACAAUUUCCAGCAUUAACAAUGAAUAAAAGAAGAGAUGAUAUUGAGUUUCUUGAUGAGUCUGGAUCCAGUGCUGCACUACGUAGAAUAAAAAAUAAUCCUUUCUUAGCUAUUGGUAUGACUGGAUUUUUGGUAACAGCAGCAGUUGGUGCAUAUAAAUACAAAAGUCGACCAAAGGGAAUGUCAACAGGUUUAUUUCUUGUUCAACUUCGUGUUGCUGCACAAACAGCUGUUAUUGGUACCCUAACUGUUGGAAUGGCAUGGGGGAUGUUUCAAGAAUAUGUUUUAAAAAAGAAACCAGAAACAUAAAAUUAAAUAUCAUCAUUAGGAAUCAAAAUAAUUAACCAGUAAUAAAUAUUAAAUCAAAAAAUAAUUUAUUAAAAGGAAAUUAAUAUUUUGGUAAGACUGACUAGACUCGAUGGCUGGUCUAAUCGAGAUAUUAUUUUUUUCUUUUUUUUUUUUGCAGUAUUAAUAUUGCAAAGAAAGCAAUAAUGAACAGUUGAGAAAAUGAUAUUGUAAUAGUAAAUUAUUUUGAGAAAUUAAACAAUGUAAUGAAUGAUAAAAAUUAUUUUAUUAAAC